AUGGAGGCAGCUUUUGAACCAAAGAACCAAAGGGAAUGUGAUGAAAGAAGUGAUUUCAAUCAAGAUGUGAAAGCACCUGCUACAACACCUCAUCAUCGUGAAAAAAAUAAAUUGCAAAAAAAGAAGAAGAUUUGCACUGUUAAGAAACAGUACUAUUGCGAACAGUGUGGGAAAGUAUUUAGUAGAAAUACUCACUUGUUGUCCCAUAUGAAAAUUCACACAGAUGAGAAGCCAUAUCAAUGUGAACAGUGUGAAAGACGAUUUGCACGAAAGAGCGACUUGACAGCUCAUGUGAAGAUACACACUGGUGAGAAACCGUAUCAUUGCAAGCUCUGCGGAAAAAAAUUUAUUCGAAAUAGUUCUUUAACAAUGCAUAUGAUGAUCCAUUCUGAUAUUAAACCGCACAUGUGUGAAUAUUGUGGAAAGACGUUUUCACAAAAAAGUUACAUUCGUAUUCACAUCAGAAUGCACACUGGAGAGAAACCCUACCAGUGUAAAUUGUGUGUGAAAAGAUUUGCUCAAAAGGGUGAUUUACAUAGCCACCAGAGGUGUCAUACUGGUGAGAAACCUUACCACUGUGAACAAUGUAAAAAGAGUUUUACUCAAAAAAAUAAGUUGAACAUUCAUAUGAGAACUCACACUGGUGAGAAACCAUAUCAGUGUAAAUUAUGUGAAAAGGCGUUUGUUUGCGCUGCAGGCUUGAAUGAUCAUAUCAUGACACACACUGGUGAGAAGCCAUACCAAUGUGAAAAGUGUGGAAAGAGAUUUUCCUUAUCUGGUACCUUGACAAUUCAUAGAAGAACACACACAGAUGAAAAACCAUAUCAAUGCGAAAAAUGUGGGAAAAUAUUUGCUCGGAUUUGCAUCUUGAGAAGUCACAUGACAACACAUACCGGCGAGAAACCAUACCAGUGUGAACAAUGUGGAAGAAAAUUUUCCAGAAAAGGUGUAUUACAAAAUCAUACGAGAACCCACACUGGUCAGAAACCACACCAGUGUGAACAUUGUGGAAAGAGGUUCACACGAAGUUCAACUUUAAACAAACACACGACUACUCACUGGUAA